AGUGAUCCAAAUGAAUGUCAAGCUGAUGUCAAAAUAAAACGUCAAACAACAAAAUCUACGAAAAAUUCUGGACAAAUUCGAUCAGGACACGUGUACGAAGCUGCAGUUUGCAUAUAAUUACAUCAGGAAUAUUUAUUUAUCAAACGACAAUCCCUAAAACAGCGAGAGCGAGUCAUUCCAGAAUAUAUCGCGUAACCUUAUUGUGUUGUGUUAUCUAGCACCGGUGUAGAUAAGCCCUAUAUUUGUUUCUUGCACAAUAAUAUAAAAAUAAUUGGCUUUAAAUUAUACAAUGACGGAAUUUAGAGACUGGUAUUAUGGAAUACCCUUCUUCACCCGUUACUGGUUAUCUUUGACUGUUGGACUCAGUAUAUUAGCCAAAUUUAAUCUUCUCGACUUCAGGUAUUUAAUUUUGGAUAUUGGCGCCUUCAUCAACAAAUUCCAUUUAUGGAGGCCAGCAACAGCGUUAUUCUACUAUCCCAUCACUCCAUCAACUGGGUUCCACUUCCUCGUGAACUGCUACUUCCUGUACAGUUAUUCCGAGCGGCUGGAGACCGGGAUCUUCGCUGGCAAGCCGGCUGACUACUUUACCAUGUUGAUCUUUAAUUGGCUAGUGUGCAUUGGUAUUGGAGUUUUGGUUGGAUUAAGUUACGUAAUGGACCCCAUGGUGAUCUCGGUGCUGUACGUGUGGUGCCAGCUGAAUAAGGACGUGAUUGUGUCCUUCUGGUUCGGAACACGGUUCCGCGCCAUGUUCCUGCCGUGGGUGCUGCUCGCGUUCAACGUUAUCGUCAAUGGAGGUGGCGUUGAAGAGUUUCUGGGCAUCCUGGUGGGCCACCUGGCCUUCUUCCUGAUCUUCAAGUACCCGCAGGAGUUCGGUGGACCCGCUUUACUUACACCACCUGCUAUUCUAAAGAAGUAUUUCCCUGACUUCCGUCGUCCAAACAACUUCGGUCCUGCAGCACAAAUCAGAGCCCCUGCCCCUGAAGGACACCAGUGGGGCCGCGGGCACACCCUAGGAGGCCUCUGAAUACACCAACUAACCUUUAGCUAUCUUAGUAUCUUAAACUAGGAGAAAAAACAUUAGUCCAAAUACUUUUGGUCUGGUGUCAGCCCAAGAGCGCCGGCACUGAAGGACACCAGUGGGGGAUGGGGACACUAUAAUUAAAUAAAUAAUAAACUUUGCAAAUUCCGUUACCUACGUAACAACCUUCUACUACCGUGGGAACUAAUAUUACAGGCUAUAUUUGAGCCAAACUAUGUCUAGAUUCAAUAGUUGACAACCCUAGAGAGCUUUAUGGAAAAACAUGUGAUCUUCGGUUGCCUAAAAUCGCUUUUGUUAGAAAGUGGAUCUUCUGUAUGUAUGUAUAAUAUAAAAAUUGGGUCAAAAUUAUUUUCGUAGUCUCGUUUUUUGUCCCAAUAAAUGUGACAGAUUGAAGCUUUUUGUAUGAUAUGAAAUUUAAUUUAUAUUUUUUCUCAUGUAAAAUGUAAUCUACAGCUAGAAAGACAAGCACUCGACUUUUUUAUUUAUUGUGAUAGAAAAAGACACAAAUAUAAGCGUGACAGAGUGGUUAUAAACAAUUCAACGAAAACAUUUUACCGAAUUAUCUAUUGUAUAUCGUUUCUGAAGUUAUCCUACUAGACCCCAGAAGUUUUGAAGUUAUCGAAUCUUGUUUUUUUUUAAGUUCACAUUCAACUUCGGUAUUUGACCUGUAUUAUAUAGGUAGGGAGUUGUGCUAGUUAAAUCUUCUUUAAUAAGUCAAAAGACAGUGAUGCAUUGCAACAAAUAAACCAAAGUCAGUGGUUGUCGAUAUUAGUAGCCAUACCACGAGUUGACACUUUAAACUUACAUUGCGUUCAAUGCGAUAGAGAAGGAAUACAAUCGAGUUCACGCAGACGCUAACAUAAAUGUCAAACGCCAACUCGAAGUAGCCGUGCUAGUUUCACAUUCUUUAUAUUCUGUUAUUUUGAGGUAUUUCAAAAAAAUAAUAAUAACCAUAGAUUUGGCUAAAUCUUGACACCUUUUGUAUCUAUCGUAAUUUAUUUUAUAACUCGCUGAAUAACCUACUCACGGUUAGCUUAUACUUUUUUUUAAAUAACUAAACAUGAGAUGUGUGAUCGAGACACAACUCGAAUAACAUUUUUUUUAAUAAUAUAUAAAGUUAUUUUUGUAGAUAGUGUUGUGCGAUUGUUGUUGUAUGAUUUGAUUGAGACGGUCUCUUCACUCACGUAUCUGAUUGGCCGCGGUCUGGACGCAAGAAGCGACAAAUCAAGGCCAUUAGGCGGCUCCACACAGAACGACCUGUCUCGCGAGGAAAAAUUCCAUAUAAAAAUUUAAGUGCUCCUAACUUUUAUAUAGUAAUUAAAAAAUCCAAAAAAAUCAAACGAAAGGGACAUUGCUAUGUUCAGUAUACAUUAAAUUGUGUACCUAAAAAUAAUUUUUAUAAUGGCAAUACCCAAGGAUGGGGACUAAUUUUGUAUGGAGAAGCGUCGUCCGACUGGCCUUGAUCUACCGGACGCCGCACUGUGCGCCGCUUUCGUGUAGUCCGCGGCCAUAUUGAUUUGAAGAAAAUUUUGGAAUGUCGAAUAACGUAUGUACAGUCGCCAUCAAAGAAAAUAUCAAACAGCUCUUUCACGUCUUGAAAAUAGAUGUUAUGUUCAGAUAUUUGCGAACACCAUCCAUAACAGGCCUCCUGGGUGUAGCUGACUAAAGUAAGGACGCUAAGCGCGGAAAAUAUCGUACAUUAACCCGCUGGUUCCUAUCACUGCACGGGCGUAAUUAUAUUGCUGCCCCGCCCAUGUGCCGGCGGUAAAUGCCUCUGUGCGAGCGUCCUUACUAUAUUUGUUUCGUUCGUAACUAUACUCUGUAUUUUUAGGUAUUUAAAUAAAAAUAAACAAAGUCUACCCUCAAAUGGCUCCUUAAGCCAGUUGAGGGUAGAUGAAAACAUUACAUGACCAAAUAAUGUAGGUUAAAGUCAGGUCGUUCAGUGACAGAUCCAGGCGGUUUUGUGUUUGGUUGGUUAACCAAUAAAUGUUAUAACUACCCGAAAAUGUACAAAUUGUUUGUUUACAUUUAUUUAAAUACUUAAAAAUACAGAAUAUAGGCGGGUCCACACAAAGCGAGCAUACGCGCAAGACAAUUUCGUCGCGCAGAAAAUGGCCAGUGUAGACGAGCCUAGAGACGCCCGCUUGCCGAGCAAAUUGGCUUGGGCGAGGCAAAAGUUACACAAGCACAUGGCCGCGCGAGGCCGGGCGUUUGCCGCGCGAGGAAAUAUUCUCGCGAGGCUGCUCGCUCUGUGUGGACCCGCCUAUUCGUAUACGGUUUCAAAUGGUCAUUUGACAGUGUCGACAAUUGUACAGAUGCUAAAAUAAAAGAAGCUUAGAUCGAUCGAUAUAUGUUGAUAUCAGAAAUACAUUGGCGUUAGACCAAUUGUACAGUCUGGGCUAUCAAAAUCGCUGCCAAUUUUGCUUGGUCUAACUCUAACUAGUUUUUAUCGAAAAUAUAUUUUGUACAUAGUAUUAAAAUAUACUUUUAUGUAUGGACUUACAGUUAAUUAAUUUUAAAUAAAUAAUAUGAUUUAUUGAA